AUGGCAAUGUUUCAGAAUCUAUCAGCAACUCAGAAGUUGCAAGCGGCCGUACAUAAAGACGUACGAGGUAUUUGUACUGAAGCCUCCCACUUUCUAGGCUUGGAAAUCACAAAACCAGCAAUCGAAGUGAUCGCGGAGCUAGUUUUUAAGAAAUGCCGUGUAUAUGGAUCAGAUUUAGAGGCAUUUGCUAAACACGCAAAACGUUCAACAAUUAACGCUGAUGACGUCAAGUUGUUAGUUCGAAGAAAUCCAUCUCUGAAAUCACGCCUCCUCUCGCUAAGUUCCAACUGUGGAAAGGAUAAACGAAGAAAAUCAGUGCCAGUAGUGAAACAAGAUGUAGCUAAGGGUGCGUCCACAUCUGGCGAAUGCGCCGCGAAUGUGCAGCUCGCGAGCAGUUUGCUCGAGUCAAAGGAGUCGGACGUAGAAGAUAUGGUUGUCGAUCAAAUCGACCUCACUUUUGAUUAA